GCCGCAUAAUAACUCUUAUCACUCCGGGAGAACUGAGGUAUCACCAUUCGAGCCGUGUCACCGUGCGACCGUUAACGACACCGUUGUUCAAGUUUUUUAUAUUCAAUAUUGUGAUUUGUGAAUUGUGGGUGUUUAGUGUUUACUUAUUUUCAAUUUUCAAUUUUCAUAAUCCUCUGCCGGACACUGUAUUGUCCAAUUGUCCAUGUUGGYUGUUAUAUUGUUAACAAGUGCUUAAUUUCAGGUUUUUAAUUGUUAGUGCCAAAAUUGUUGCAUACCAACCAUGAUGUCUUACUAAAUAGUAAAUAUACAGUCUACAAUCCUUCCCCAUCAAAUGACCAAUUUCACAUUAAAGGUAUAUAAUUUCAAUGGUUCAUGUUCACAGUAAUCGAAAAACAUUCGGGAAGAUAUAAAAAUACAGCAUGGAAACGUCAAGUAAAACAAUUAAUGAUUUUACGAUGAAUUACAAGUUUGAUGAAGAAUUUAAUACAGUUAUUAAACAGGAAUUUAAUGAUAAAAUUAACUAUGAUGAUCAUCAAUUACUAGAAUCCAGAUUUUUAUGCAAAGCUGGAGAAAAAGUAAAGAUAACUGAUGUAGAAAUUAAAGUCGAAAAAGAUUUCAUUGAGGGGUGUAAAUUUGAAGGAACAGUUGUUAAUGAACACUACUCAUUAGAAUUCAUUGCUCGUAUGAAUUCUGACAAAAUUAAUAACUUUAGGGAAAAACUUUUAAUUUGCAAAGUGUGUGGUAAAAAUUUUUCUAAUUCAUAUAAACUUUUUGAGCAUAAGGCAUUGCAUAYUAAAGCUGAUUAUCAAAAAUGCAACAUUUGCAAUUUAUUAUUUGAUUCAAAAGCACUUUUAACAAGUCAUAUGAAGAUUCAUACCUGUAAAAACAAGAAUACAUUUGUUUGUGAUAUUUGUAAGGAAWCAUAUUUUAUGAAAUCAUAUUUAAUAAAACAUUUAUUGCUUCACACUAGAGAAAACUCUUAUGAGUGUAAAGUCUGCAAUAAAAAAUUGUAUUAUCAACUAGAUUUUGACAUCCAUAUGAAAACACAUACCAAGAAAAAACUACAUAAAUGUGAUUACUGCGAUAAAGCAUUUGUUCAGAAAUCAACAUUUAUUAGUCAUAUGAGGACACAUACUAGUGAAAAACCUCAAAAAUGUGAUUUUUGCGAUAAAGCAUUUGCUGAGAAAUCAACAUUAAUUAGUCAUAUGAGGACUCAUACUGGUGAAAAACCUCAUAAAUGCGAUUACUGCGAUAAAGCAUUUGUUCAGAAAUCAACAUUAAUUAGACAUAUAAGGACACAUACCGGUGAAAAACCUCAUAAAUGUGAUUACUGCGAUAAAGCAUUUGCUGAGAAAUCAAAAUUAAAUAUACAUAUAAAGACACAUACUGGUGAAAAACCUUAUAAAUGUGAUUCCUGCGAUAAAGCAUUUGCUGAGAAAUCAACAUUAAUUAGUCAUAUGAGGACACAUACUAGUGAAAAACUACAUAAAUGUGAUUACUGCGAUAAAGCAUUUGUUCAGAAAUCAACAUUAAUUAGUCAUAUGAGGACUCAUACUGGUGAUAAACCUCAUAAAUGCGAUUACUGCGAUAAAACAUUUGCUCGGAAAUCAACAUUAAUUAGACAUAUAAGGACACAUACUGGUGAAAAACCUCAUAAAUGUGAUUACUGCGAUAAAGCAUUUGUUCAGAAGUCAACAUUAAUUAGACAUAUAAGGACACAUACUAGUGAAAAACCUCAUAAAUGUGAUUCCUGCGAUAAAGCAUUUGUUAACAAAUCAUAUUUAUAUGUACAUAUAAGGACUCAUACUGGUGAAAAACCUCAUAAAUGUGAUUCCUGCAAUAAAGCAUUUGUUCAGAAAUCACAUUUAAUUAGUCAUAUGAGGACUCAUACUGGUGAAAAACCU